ACUCUUGUCUGUGGUAAUGUGUUGAUCAGCAGGUCGACACAAUCAGCAAAAUCAGCUCUGACAAUUCAGAGUUCAAAACGUUUCACCCCUCAUAUCUUAUGAGUCUGAACAAUUCUCGUGACAGUGAGUUUCAGUGAGUGAUUUUCCAUCUCUCCGUCGAAGUGAGAAAUUUUUUGGCGAAAGAAGUUUCAUCAGAGAUGUUCCGGAGUGCAUCGAAUUUCGACAAAUUGCUUGAUAAAGCCACGAGUCACUUGCAUUUGGAUCCAGAUUGGCCCACGAUAUUACAAAUUUGUGAUGCGAUAAGAGCAGGUGAUAUACAGCCGAAAGCAGCGCUGGUCCAAAUAAAGAAGAAAAUAACAAACGCAAACCCCCACGUCGCCUACUACGGCCUCCUGGUCCUCGAGUCGUGUGUGAAAAACUGCGGUGCCCUGAUUCACGAUGAAAUUGGCACGAAGCAGUACAUGGAACAACUGAAGGAGUUGGUGAAGACGACAACCCACGAGAACGUGAAGCUGAAAACCCUCGAGUUGAUUCAGGCCUGGGCGUUUGCAUUCAGGAACAGUCCCAAGUACACUGCUGUCAAGGAUACUAUGAGCAUUAUGAAGGCUGAGGGAUACGUGUUUCCUCAGUUGAAGGAGAGUGACGCCAUGUUCAGUGCUGAUACAGCACCUGAGUGGGCGGAUGGUGAGGUCUGCCACAGGUGCAGAGUCGGCUUUGGGAUGGUCCAGAGGAAGCAUCACUGCAGGGCAUGUGGACAAGUUUUUUGUGGGCAAUGCUCGAACAAAACUUCGACUUUGCCGAAGUUUGGGAUUGAGAAGGAAGUGAGAGUUUGUGAUGCUUGUUACGAGAACGUUAAUAGACCCAGUUCAGCUAAUUCAAAGGAGACUGAUCUACCAGUGGAAUACUUGAGCAGCUCUCUGGCCCAGCAACAACAGGUCCCACCCCGGAAGUCAGCGGAAGAGCUUCAGGAAGAGGAGGAGUUCCAGUUGGCAUUGGCAUUGAGUCAGAGUGAGGCUGAGGAGAAAGAGAAGGAGAAGAAGAGAGUGACUAAUUUGUAUAAAAAUAAUACUGCACCUGUGGCUAGGACUUACUCUCCACCUCCAUCACCAGGUCCGAGCCCCUCAAAACUCCAAGAUGACGAAGCAGUCGACUCAGAGCUCGUAAAAUACAUGAACCGAAAAUACUGGGAGAACCGUUCCUCAAAGCUCGAAGACCACCCAAUAAUCCGUCCAGAUGUCACGUCCCCGUCAGCCCCGAACAUCAGUAGUCCAAUGCCGCAGCGCCUGGUGGUCGCUAAACAGCAGAACGGUGAAGUCGACACCCAAAUGGACGAGUUCGUUACCCACCUGCGGUCCCAGGUCGAGAUCUUCGUGAACCGCAUGAAGAGCAACUCCUCCCGAGGGCGCUCGAUCUCCAACGACAGUUUCUUCCAGGAUCUCUUCAUGAAGAUAACAACGAUGCACUCAAAGCUCCUGAAAUACAUCCAGGAGCACGACGACACCCGAGUCGGUUACGAGGGCCUUCAGGACAAACUCGCCCAGGUGAAGGACGCUCGAGCAGCCCUGGACGCCCUCCGUGAGGAGCACAGAGACAGACUGCGCAGGGAGGCCGAGGAAAUCGAGAGGAUGAAGCAGCUCCAGAUGGCCCAGAAGUUGGACAUAAUGAGGAAGAAGAAGCAGGAGUACCUGCAGUACCAACGCGAGCUGGCUCUCCAGAAGAUCCAGGAACGAGAGAGGGAAUUGCAGAUGCGCCAGGAGCAGCAGAAGCAGCAGUACAUAAUGGGGAACUACCAGCCAGUGCCUAACUACAUGGGGCCAUCCCAGGGCUCCCCAAUUCGUCACAUGCAUUAUCCACCUGGUGGCACGUACCCAAUGUCCCCAACGAAUCAGGGGGUCUACACAUAUGGUCCACCACCGAUGGGCAAUUAUCCCAUGCAGAGCAUGCCAGGGAUGCCCUAUGGAAUGCCCCAGAUGCCCCCCAACCACCUUCCCCCUCACAUGAUGCCAAACAUGCCUGGAAGCCAGUCAGACCAGCCUCAGGGGUUACCACAGCAGCCUGGAGGCUCCGAAGGGAUGAUUCCACCCAGGGAGAACAUGGGACCACCUGGAAUGAUGCCACAGAUGGCGAAUGUUCCCCCAAUGCCACAGAUUCCAGGGCAUCAGAUGGGAUUGCCUCAGUCCCAGGGGAUUCCAGGGGUUCACAUGAAUCAUGGGGCGGGGCAGACCCAACAGAUGACACAAAUCCCUCCGUUACCAGGUAAUCAAGGGCCCAUGAGACCUCCUGGGCAGAUGGGAAUGAGUCAAGGGGUGCCUAGCAUGCCUCAACAUCCCCCUGGGUCGCAAGGACCACCUGGACCACAAGGAAUUCCACAGCAAAUGCCCAUUCCUAGUCAGACGACUCAACAAAUACCCUAUCAGCAGCCUGUGGCACCACCACCCGUCGAGCCAUCCACAACCACUGAACCUGCGCCCAAAGCCGAAGACAACUCCGCUGAACCGCUGAUUUCAUUCGAUUGAUACCAUUUAUCCAUUUUACCUGUUUUCAUCACGUGAAUGUAGUUGUUUAUAUUACUGUAUCUCUCGGCGAUUCAUAAUUCUCUCUGGUUAUUAUUUUUCAUAUAUACUGUAAGGAUCCGAAUAAAAAAUAUUGUAAGGAUGUAAACAAAAUUGAAUAAACGUAUAUCAGUCAGUUGAA